AUGCUUGCCAAUGCUGGGCUUACUAGAAGCGCUGGUGCUAGUCCGAGUAUGAACGGUGCUGAUGCUACUGUUCCGGCGUCGACCGGCAGACCCAGGUUGCCGAAAUCGACGGCCAGGCGCGUCCUUGCCGACGCGUCCGCGGCUGUUGCGGCAUUCGGCCGCAGCUCGCGCGGGUCGGAUCUGUGCAGCGAGGAUGGGCUUAAGGAACGGCACCAUGCAACUCUUUUCCCCUCGCUUGACGCCACGUCCUUCCGAUACCCUCCAAAUGAGCUGGAGAUUGCCACGUCAUAUCCAGCUCCGACCGAAAAUCUUCCUGCCCCUGGAAGGCGGCGUCUGGCUGGGAACCCACACCUGCCUCCAACAGAAGAGAAGACAUAUCUGUGUUUGUACCUUGCAUUGCAAAUUUGCCGUCAUUUUCUUCCUCUCCACCUCCAGGAUCUUCUGUGCCACUCUUCUUCACUCCCCUUCUGUAUCCACCAGCUCGUAUCAGACAUGGCCAACCCCAGAGUGUUCUUCGAUGUCACCAUCGGCGGCGCUCCAGCUGGUCGCAUCGAGAUGGAGCUCUUUGCUGACGUCACACCCAAGACUGCUGAGAAUUUUCGCUGUCUGUGCACUGGUGAGAAGGGUGUGGGCAGGUCCGGUAAGCUCCUUAGUUACAAGGGGUCGUCUUUCCACCGAGUGAUUCCCCAGUUCAUGUGCCAGGGUGGUGACUUCACUCGCGGAAACGGUACUGGUGGUGAGAGCAUCUACGGAGAGAAGUUUGCGGAUGAGAACUUCAUCAAGAAGCACAUUGGCCCUGGUGUGCUCUCCAUGGCUAAUGCCGGGCCCAACACUAACGGAUCUCAGUUCUUCCUGUGCACUGCGAAGACGGCGUGGCUGGACGGCAAGCACGUGGUUUUCGGACAAGUUGUGAAUGGCAUGGAUGUAGUGAAGAAGAUCGAGGCCGUUGGCUCCCAGUCGGGUGCAACCAAGAAGCCCGUGGUCAUUGCUGACUGCGGCCAGCUCUAG